UUUUUUUUUCUUUCUUUCUUUCUUCAGUAUUACUGUGAUGAGUAUAUUCGACACUCACAGAAAUACUGUUCUAUCUGAGCUGUCAGAGCCCCUCACAACCGCGGCGACUACAGACGCCACUAACACCUAUUUUAAUACCCGUAGUAUCCGUGAAACAACACACCAACCUUCAUCCUCACAAUCAUCAUCGCGGAUGAUCAAUACCACUAAUAAUAAUAACAACAGUAAUAAUAAUAAUAAUGAUAAUUAUAUCAGUAACUCAAGCAGUAUUGGAUCAGCGGCUGAACAGUUCACAAGUGAUGGUCUGUCAACUUUAAACAAAAUAAAAGAAAAAUUACCUGCCAAUGUCCAGCCAUGGUUUUGGUUAGGGCUCUGGUUUGGAUUUGUAGUCUUGAUCCUUGUACUCUUUACGGUAUAUCGUUCAAAGAUCUUUGGAUUCUUGGAAGCCCUGGCAAAUUUCAUUCGAAAUCUUGGACCAUUUGGGCCACCCAUAAUCAUGUUGUGCAUGUUUGCAACGUCCUUUCCACCCGUGAUCGGAUACUCAUCCAUUAUCACUAUGUCUGGUUAUGUGUACGGAUUUGUGUUUGGCUUCGUGAUUGCAUUCUCGGGAGCAUUGGCUGGUGGGAUCGUUUGCUUCUACUUUUGUCGAAGGUGGUUCAAACCGCAAGUAAGGAAGCUCAUGGCCAAGAACAAGAGUCUUAAGAGCGUUGUUAGGACUGUUGAAAAUAAAGGAUUUCGGUUAUUGGUCCUGAUCCGAUUAGCGCCAUACCCUUUUAAUGUCAUGAAUGCCCUAUUGUCCGCCACACAUAUCCCGUUACACACAUACACUUUAGCAACCGCAAUCUCACUUGUAAAAUUGACAUUACAUGUUUAUAUUGGAUCAACGCUUUCGUCCCUUACCGAAGGAGAUGAUGAUGAAAAGAAUCCGGAUGGUACUCCCAAGGACCCUAGUAGUGGACAUGGGAAGAAGCUCAAGGUUAUUAUCAUGAUAUUUGGCAUCAUCCUAGGUAUUGGUGUAGGUGCAUAUGUUUGGCUGGUUGCAAAGCGCGAGAUUGCGAUGUCGGAGGCCACUAGGGCAGAGAGACGACGACGAAGGAGACGGCAACAACGACAACAGGGUCAGAGGCGCAUAAACGUUAACGAUGAUAAUAACAAUCGCGGUGGAAUUGAACUGAGUGAGCAUAAUCGGCUUCCUAAUAUUGAUUUGACGAACGGAAACGCACCGACCAACACUUCUGAUUUCGUUGGAGGCCUUCACGGCAGUUCUAGGUAUGCUGACGAAGAUGAAGAUGGACAUGAGGAUCAGUUUUUGUUUGGCGGUAGCGGAGGAAGGGGUCUCGGACUAGGAAUAAGGCCGGCUCAUACACCAAGAGAGGAUUGGCGAAACAGUACGAAUGAAAAUUCUUCUACGGAUUCGGAGGACGAUGAUCGUUUUGACUUUUUGGACGAUUCAGAUGAUUCAGAUGAGGAUCAGGACCUGUAUGAUGCGGAAAGAGGCUAUGGCUAUUCUAAUAUUAGUGAGGAUAUUGAGGGGGACCAUGAGGAGCCGGCGCUUGAUUUUUCAGCACAUCAUGAUGGCCAUAUUGAGUCACCAUGGCAAGAAGACGGUGAAGAAGACGGGGCUAGCCCAGUAGGGUUUCUAUCGUUGUCAAGCUCGAUAAGUAAAGGGUUGAGUGAGCGGUAGUGGACUCCGAAGAUAGAUUAGAAUUCUUGUCAAGACCUGGAAUCAUGAUAAUGAUAAAAAUAAUGAUGAUUACAAGAAAAAGAAUGAAAGGAAGAAAGAAUGGAAGAAAGAGAAAUGGAAAUUGAUUUAACUUGGUCUGAUAUGAUGAGCAGUAUCCGGAUUGUUGGCGGCAUGUUUACGACCCAAAUAUUAUUGUACCAAAGUGCCCU